GAGCAAGAGAGGAUCCGAUCCUUUUUGUUGGGACCCAGUUUUACUUCUCUUGGGCCGAUUUGGACCGGUUGGGUUCAACAAACCCGACCAAUUUCGACCCAUCUUCUCUUACACUCCUGUUCUGUUCUUGCGUCUAAAUUCACUUUUUUUUCUUCCCUCUUUCACCAAUACAAUACAACUUCGAUUCAUCUUCACGCUUCAACAAGCACCAUCUCAAAAAAAUUGCUUCAACGUAGGUUUGAAUCAGGAACAAUGGCUGGGAAGGUCGCGAAGGCAGCUUAUGAUGCGAAGAUGGGAAAGCUUCUUCGAGAAUACACACAAGUUUUGGUGGUUUCAGCCGACAAUGUUGGAUCAAACCAGCUUCAGGGUAUAAGAAGGACACUGCACGAAGAUUCUGUGGUAGUGAUGGGAAAGAACUCAUUGAUGAAGCGCUCUAUUAUCCAAGAAGCAGAGAAAACUGGCAACAACAACGCUUUUCUCAAUCUCGUUCCACUCCUUGUGGGGAAUGUUGCUUUGAUCUUUACCAAAGGUGACUUGAGGGAUGUUAGUGAACGGAUUGCCAAGCUCAAGGUUGUUAAUCCUAUUCUCAUGUGCCCGAAGUAUAUGUCAUAUGACUCGUACAAAACGUGUACGUAUAUGCAAACCGGACAAUUGCCGUUGGGUCUCACGUGUUGUAACCAGCAACCUUCUCAAGCUUCCGAGCCGUUUCUUGUAAGCUCAAAAUUCUCGCCACCUCAACACUGUUACUUGUCGAGAUCGAGACAGCUCUUGGCGACAAGUAUAUGGUCUCCUUUUCUUCUUUUGGCUGGUAAUUUGUGAUGAAGUCCUAUCAGGAGAUUGAUCUUCUCUGCUGGUUCUCUUUCCUUUCAAACUUUUUAUUAGUUAAAUUCUUCUAUUUUAGGGAUUGAUGGAGAAUGGAAAUGACAUUGUUUUGGAAUUCUAUUAUAAGGAGUUCUAAUUUACUCAUAAAUUUUAUCCUAUGUUUAAACAAUGAUAAGGAUAUGUAUGUCAGUGGGAAUAGAUUCCCUCAUGUUUAUUGUUUCUCCAAAAUAUGUUGUUUUAAUCUA